CCCUUUCCUUCGCCCCGAUGCUCUUGGAAGAGGGAUACAAUGCUAAAACCAUUGAGGAUCCAGUUGUUGCGACUAGAAACGUCCAUCCAUAUGUUUGUAAGUUGUUUGGAAGUUCGCUUUAUGGUCCUAAAUAAAUGCUGCUCAGCAUCUACCUUCUAUCAAAGAGUGAACUCUUAGUCAUCUCUCGAGGUCGACGCAACGAUACAGUGUUAUUUUAGCUUAAGAACGAACCUAUCUGUCUGUAUUUCAGCUAUCUUAUCCAUGGGCAAUGAUAGGAGCUUGGUCCGCCUAUGGAGCCAGAACAUCCACAUCCCGCUGCUUCGUGUCGGACAACGCAGUGCCAAGAAUGCCAGACCAGAAUAUCUCAAAUACUCGGUACUGUACCCACCAUCCGAAAUGGUAGGAUACUUUCAAAUACGCACCUUAUGGUCCAAUCCGACUAUCAAGGGCACAUAAUAUUCAUAUGUACGAAGAAAAAUCAUCCAUCCAGAAACGUACAUAUCCGAGCGAAUCAUCCCCUCCCCGCCGCAGCAACUCUCGGGAUCUAGAAUCCUUCGUAUACCCCAAUCCCGGACGCUUCCUUCCCGUACAUUUCAACACUCACAUGCAGGAAGUUCUCUUCUACCAUACUUCAAUUCCGGGAAUUAUGGAGGUUAAAUGAUAUUCGGUACGUUUUGCAACCUCCGACGUUGACUAAAAACCCACCGAAACCCACCUAGCGAGUCUCACUCUCGCUUGCGGCGACCCUUUAUUUAUGUCAGACGCUUAGCGAGCCCCGACCGAAACACUGCAUUUCAACCCCACGUUGCUGGUGCGGAUCGGAUGGAUUCCUACGAGGAUACUGCAUUGGACUAGGCAGCUACUAAGCCUCGCUUCAUGCAGGGAAAGAGUUUGAAAGAGGGGUUUAUUAACUCUGUCGAGUCCAGCUCUCAAUUCUCAGAACGAAGCUUAAGGAAGUACAUCUACCCACCCAUCUCCCGGCCUAACUAUCUUUCCCUUUCUCAAACGCACGCAAAAGGUCGCAUUGAAGUAAAAGAGAGAGACAUAGAAAUGCCUUCCCAUACUACCCAGCCCCUGAGCUGCCAGCUCUGCAGCAUCCCCUUCACCAUCGGCCGCGUCCGCACAAUCCACGAACCACUUUCCUCGUCCCUCGACGCCACAACCUCCUCGCCCUACCACCUCCGCGACGGCUCUUCUUCCCGCUGCAGUCGCGACUCCUCCUCAUCUGGCUGCCAGAACAUCAUUGUUGAGAAACCGCACGAUGUCCAUGCCGAAAGUAGGUUGCAGCACCUUGCUGGUGAAGGAUGUACAUUUGAAGGUGGGUAUUCAGGGUGGAGGAUUGGAGUGCGGGAAAUGAGAGGGAUGAGAGGAGUGAGGUUUGUUUUGCCGAAGAAGCGAGGGGCUGUUGACGAUGAGGAAUCUGGUGAUGAGGGGGAGUGCGAGGAGGGAAGUAGGUUCUUUGUGUCAGAGGAGAUUGAAGGGCCGUUUCUGGAGGGCGAGAAUGUCUACGUCAAGUUGCCCGAGGAGAGGUAUGGAGUUACGUCUUUCACCCCACGGAACUUCCCUCCCAUAAGCGUUGCUCCGGACAGUAUUGGUAUACCCAUCCACAGCACUUGCUUCUCUAUUUUCUCGCGUAUCUCGCUCCAACAACUCGGACGCAUCGACCUCGACGGCUUCGCAGCCCUCUGGUACCGCAAAGCGUGCGGAGGGUGCGGGUUCCAAGGAUUGAACCAUGAUCCUGUGAUUGGGGAUCUGAAAGAGAGGUUCUGGGUGCAUAGAGUCGGAACGGAGUACUUGGCUGCUAAUCCGGUGGUUAUUCCUGGUUUUGAGUUGGCGAUGCAGGGUGUUUAUGGGCAGGGGGCGAGAGGGGAUGGGGUGUUUGGGACGAGGGAUUCGUAUGGUAUUGCAGCUGGAUCUGGAGGAAAGACCAAGUUGAAUUUGAAAUUGAAAGGGAGAAUGGGAAAUAGUGGGAAGGUCUUCAGAAGACAUCGCAACUCCACUGAUCCUUUCUUCGUCCUUCCUCCUGAACUCAAAAAUAAGAUCCUCGCCGAUCUGUCUCCGAGCGAGAUAACUGCCAUCCGGCUCUCAUCACGCUCGUUCCGACAACUUCCCAAGCAGAUCUUCAAAUCGUUCAUUGCGGAAGAGAUGCCAUGGUUUUGGGAGAUUGAUGACAUUCGGAGGGAGGUUGAGGAGGCCUACAAAGAGGCUUUUAGGGACCAGUUGGCGGAUCUGGGUGUUGGUUUUGAUAGCGAGGGGCUGGCUAUGCUGGAGGGAGUCAUGCCGAGUGAGUGGUUGAGAUUUGUGAAGGAAAGGAUGGAAGGAAAGGCGAUGGAUGCUAAUUGGUUGGAGGUAUUCAAGCAAUUGAGGGUUAUGGAGAAAGGGUGUUUAGGGUUGAGGAAUCGGAAGAGGAUUUGGGGAUUGGCGGGAGAGGUUGUGGGGAUGAUUGAGAGGAUGAGAGAGGGUUUGGAGAAGGAGGCUGGUGGAUUUGAGAUUGUGAAGGAGGAGAUGAGGGUAAAGGGGAAAGGUAGUGUGGGAAGGGAUUUUUGGAGUUGUCCGAGGUGUGAAAAUGUCCAGAUUGAAUUGGAAGAGGAGGACUCUGAGGAAGAUGAGGAGGAGGACUCUGAUGAAGAUAGCUGCGAGGAGAGCUCUGACGAAGAGAGCUUCGAAGGAGAGAGUUCUGGAGGAGAGACUUCGGUGGAAGAGAGCUCUGAGGAUGCUUGCUCAUCAGGAGAAGAUUCGGAUUAAUAACGGCCUCGAUAUUUCAUUUCAUCAUACACGAUAUAGAAUAAUGCUU